CUUUCAGAAAGAAUAGAAAAAAUAUAUGGUCGCCACCACGUGUUUUGAGUUAUUCCAGUACUUCCACAUUUCUCUUGACGUUCAAAAUGGAAGUAGUAAUUAAACGGGAACUGACCGAAGAUGCAUUAAAAAGUCGCUUGGGAACGUGUCAAAAAUGUGGUGCGCAUGAAGCAAGAUACACCUGUCCUCGCUGUGAAUUCCGAUCAUGUUGCUUGCAAUGUGUUAAUCUCCAUAAAAAAGAAUUUGAUUGCAAUGGAAUUCGAGACAAAACUCGAUUCAAACCCGUGUCACAAUUUACAGAACUAGAUCUGCUGAGCGAUUAUCGUCUAUUGGAAGAAGCAGGCCGAUCUGUUGAAGCCUACAACAGAGAUGUCAUCAAAAGAAAUACUAGAAUGAAUAAGGAGCUGCCAACGCAUCUCCAUCGUUUAAGGUGUGCUGCAGCCCAGCGUGGUAUCACUCUUAGAUUUCUACCCCCAAAUUUCACCCGCCACAAGUUCAACACUACCUACCUUGACUGGAAAUCAAAGAAAAUUGAUUGGAAAGUGGAGUGGAAGUUUACCUGGAUUGAUGUAAAUACUGUUGAAAAUCGAGUUUCAGAAAAUGAGAAUCUGCAUAAUGUUUUCAAAAAAACUAUAGAAGCCAAUCCUAAGUAUCUGUCAUUAAGUGAAGCUGAAUUUAAGAAUGUGCAUAUAUUCCUUGCAGCAGAGCAUUCACCAGGUCAAAAUGGAAGGUUUCACCAAAUUAGUCUGGACAAAACUUUGUCAGACAAUCUCAAGGGAACUGUUAUUGUUGAACAUCCCAUCUUCCACGUUGUAUUAGACCCACAAGAUCGAUACCCCUUGAUCGGUACUCCACUCAGAGUCCGAGAGCCAAGGAUAAAAUGCAAAAAGGAGCCCUCUCCCCACGGCGACAAUGAUGAAUCAUCUGGCAAAAAGCAAAAAUUAACAUUUUUUGACGUCUCAGAUGGGGAAGAACAGAGUGAUUCGUAAUGAGGAAUACUUAUUCCGUUUCGUGUUUGUUUAUUCGAGUACAAGAUGGGACACUAAA